UUUGAAGAUGUGGCUAUGGAUUUCAGCUGGGAGGAGUGGCAGGACCUGGACAUUGCUCAGAGGACCCUGUAUAGAGAUGUAAUGCUGGAGACCUACAGCAACUUGUUGUCCUUGGGGCACUGUGUUUCUAAACCCAAGUUGAUUAUCAAGCUGGAGGAAAGUGCAGAAACAUGGAUGGGAGAAGCCUCAGGCAAGAAUUUCCAAGAUGUCCUGGAAAUUGAUGACUUGAUUAAGAGUUGCAAGAAAAGUCCAAAAGAAUGGCCAUGUAAAGUAGAAAUCAGCAAAAGCAACCCUGUGGAUGAAAGAGUGAGAUUAGUGAGAACUUUUCAUUUGAGCUCUAAACACAUGCCAGAGCUGCAUAGGAAUAGUAGGAAAUCCUUAGGACUGAGGACUGAGGCAUCCGUUGCAUAUCAGAAUAUGGUUGUCCAUUUGGAGCCUGAAGAGAUGCAUGCUGGAUCCAGGCCUGGUGUCUCUCAUGUAGAUGAAAAAUCCCUUAGCAACAUGGAGACUUUUAAUCAACGUUCAGAAAUUCCCAGUGAGCAGCAUUAUUUCACAGAUGGUGGAGAACAGACGGAAUUAACCUCAAAGACCAUAUUCUUUAAAAAUAAUUGUGCUUCUGUGGGAGAAAAUCAUUAUGAAUGCAACAGAUAUGGAAAGGCCCUCAAACACAUGUUGAGGACAAUUUUAAAUGCACAUCAUAGAAUCCACACAGGUGGGAAACCAUAUGAAUGUAACCAAUGUGAGAAGUCCUUCACCUGGAAAACUCAACUCAGUAUUCAUCAGAUAACUCAUACAGAGAAUCCUUAUAAAUGUAAGACAUGUGGAAGGUCUUUUGCCCAGAAGUCAUACCUAAGUUAUCAUGAGAGAACACAUACAGGAGAGAAACCUUAUAAAUGUAACACAGGUGGAAAGUCUUUUGCCUCGAAAUCACACCUACGUCUUCAUGAGAGAACACAUACAGGAGAGAAACCUUAUAAAUGUAAGACAUGUGGAAAGUCUUUUGCCCAGAAUUCAUACCUAAGUGAUCAUGAUAAAACACAUACAGGAGAGAAACCUUAUAAAUGUAACACAUGUGGAAAGUCUUUUACCAAGAAAUCACACCUAAGUGAUCAUGAGAGAACACAUAUUGGAGAGAAACCUUAUAAAUGUAACACAUGUGGAAAGUCUUUUGCCUCGAAAUCACACCUACGUCUUCAUGAGAGAACACAUACAGGAGAGAAACCUUAUAAAUGUAAGACAUGUGGAAGGUCUUUUGCCCGGAAGUCAUACCUAAGUGAACAUGAAAAAACACAUACAGGAGAAAAACCUUAUAAAUGUAACACAUGUGGAAAGUCUUUUGCCUCGAAAUCACAACUACGUCUUCAUGAGAGAACACAUACAGGAGAGAAACCUUAUAAAUGUAACACAUGUGGAAAGUCUUUUACCAAGAAAUCACACCUAAGUGAUCAUGAGAGAACACAUAUUGGAGAGAAACCUUAUAAAUGUAACACAUGUGGAAAGUCUUUUGCCUCGAAAUCACACCUACGUCUUCAUGAGAGAACACAUACAGGAGAGAAACCUUAUAAAUGUAAGACAUGUGGAAGGUCUUUUGCCCGGAAGUCAUACCUAAGUGAACAUGAAAAAACACACACAGGAGAAAAACCUUAUAAAUGUAACACAUGUGGAAAGUCUUUUGCCUCGAAAUCACACCUAUGUCUUCAUGAGAGAACACAUACAGGAGAGAAACCUUAUAAAUGUAACACAUGUGGAAAGUCUUUUGCCUCGAAAUCACACCUACGUCUUCAUGAGAGAACACAUACAGGAGAGAAACCUUAUAAAUGUAAGACAUGUGGAAAGUCUUUUGCCCAGAAGUCAUACCUAAGUGAUCAUGAGAAAACACAUACAGGAGAGAAACCUUAUAAAUGUAACACAUGUGGAAAGUCUUUUGCCUCGAAAUCACACCUACGUCUUCAUGAGAGAACACAUACAGGAGAGAAACCUUAUAAAUGUAAGACAUGUGGAAGGUCUUUUGCCCAGAAGCCAUACCUAAGUGAUCAUGAGAAAACACAUACAGGAGAGAAACCUUAUAAAUGUAACACAUGUGGAAAGUCUUUUACCAAGAAAUCACACCUAAGUCGUCAUGAGAGAACACAUACUGGAGAGAAACCUUAUAAAUGUAAGACAUGUGGAAGGUCUUUUGCCCGGAAGUCAUACCUAAGUUAUCAUGAGAGAACACAUACAGGAGAGAAACCUUAUAAAUGUAACACAUGUGGAAAGUCUUUUACCAAGAAAUCACACCUAAGUGAUCAUGAGAGAACACAUACAGGAGAGAAACCUUAUAAAUGUAACACAUGUGGAAAGUCUUUUACCCACAAAUCAAACCUAAUUCUUCAUGAGAGAACACAUACAGGAGAGAAUCCUUAUAAAUGUAACACAUGUGGAAAGUCUUUUACCAAGAAAUCAAAUGUUACUGUUCAUGAGAGAACACAUACACGAGAGAAACCUUAUAAAUGUAACACAUGUGGAAAGUCUUUUGCCUCAAAAAGAGAGCGUAUUGUUCAUGAGAGAACACAUACAGGAGAGAAACCUUAUAAAUGUAACACAUGUGGAAAGUCUUUUACCCAGAAAUCACACCUAAGUCUUCAUGAUAGAACACAUACAGGAGUGAAACCUUAUAAAUGUAACACAUGUGGAAAGUAUUUUGCCUCAAAAUCAACGCUUAGUGUUCAUGAGACAACACAUACAGUAGAGAAAUCUUAUAAAUGUAACACAUGUGGAAAGUCUUUUGCCAGGAAAACACACCUUCGUGUUCAUGAGAGAACUCAUACAGGAGAGAAACCUUAUAAAUGUAACACAUGUGGAAAGUCUUUUACCCAGAAAUCACACCUAAGUCUUCAUGAGAGAACACAUACAGGAGUGAAACCUUAUAAAUGUAACACAUGUGGAAAGAAUUUUGCCUCAAAAUCAACGCUUAGUGUUCAUGAGACAACACAUACAGGAGAAGAAUUUACCCCUGAGUGA